ACUCCACUGGGCGCCGCCAUGGCGGUGAUGGCGCUGCCGGUGGCGCGGUGAUGGCGUUGCCCGUGGCGGAGUGGCAGGGCCGCACCGCCCGGCUCUGGGCCGCGCUAGAGCCGGCGCUGCAGGAGCGGCUGGAGGCGGCUUCGCUUCAGGACGCCGUGCGGUUGGGUUGCGAUCUGCUCCGGAGCAAGGAGGAGGAGGAGGCAGCCCUGGUGCAGUUGUGCCACCGGGCACCCACGGACAAGAGGCCGGAGGCUGCGAGCUGGUACCGGGAGCAGGGCAACCGGGAAUUCAAGCGGGGCCGGUACCAGGCUGCCCUGAGGCUCUACUCCAAGGCAGCAUCCCACGAGCUCCCUGGCAGCCCCGAGGUGUCCGUGUGCUUUGCCAACCGCUCGGCCGCCCUCCUCCACCUGGGGUACUUUGAGGUUUGUUUGGAAGAUAUUGCCAGGGCUGAAAGCCAUGGCUAUCCAGACAGGCUGCUGCCCAAGGUCCUGCUGCGGAAAGCUGAGUGUCUGCUGUGCCUGGGGAGGUUACAGGAUGCACAGGAUAUCCUCAGAGUGCUGGAGAGUAAAAUUGCUCUGGAUGGGGUCAUGACUCCACACCUGACACGGCUAAAAAGGCUAAGUCAGCUGAAGGUUAAAUUGGGUGAGAAAGAGAGGUGUCCAGAGCCUGCAGGAGAAGCACAUGGUGGCACUCAAGGGGAGCCAGAGAUCUGGGAAGAGAACAACAGGAUUUCAGGUGCAUCUUCAUCCCUGAGCCUGAGCUUUGAUGCAGAGAGAGGACGUCACUUGGUGGCCUCCCAGGACAUCGUGCCAGGACAGAGGCUGGUGAAAGAGGAGGCCUUUGUGAGCGUGCUGUGCCCCGGGGAGAGCCUUCCUCUGCAGGAGGGUGACACAGCGUGGGACACUCGAGCCACCAACGCAGAUCUUUACUGCCACCGCUGUCUGAGGCAGCUCCUGGCCUCAGUGCCCUGCCAGGGCUGCAGUUAUGCCAAGUACUGCAGCCAGGACUGUGCAGCCAGGGCAUGGCAGCAGUACCACAGGACAGAGUGUUCCCUGGGAGCGCUGCUCCUCACGCUGGGGGUCUUCUGCCACGUGGCCUUGAGGACUGUCCUGCUGGCAGGAUUUGCAGAGGUUAGCAGGCUGGUGGCAGGGUCCCACUGUGGGGACAAGAACCUUCAGAGCCCUGAGGCAAGCUGCAAGCCUCUCAGUGAGGCAGCAGGUGCAGGAGCUGGUAGCAGAGGUGUCCCUGGUUGUGACAGCAGUGGUCGGUACCAGAGCUCUUACCAAGCUCUGUUCCACCUUUUGCCCCACACUGAGCAGCACAGCCCUGAGCACAAGUUCCUCUGCACUCUCAGUGUGGUAGCUCUAUGCAAACAGCUGCAAGCAGCUGGCCUGGAGGCUGCUGUGUUGAGUCAGGAAUCGCCUCAGCAGUGGUCCAAACCAAAGACAUGUGAGAAAACCUCAGCUGAAUUGUCCCCAGAGCUGAAGACUGUGGCAGAAGCAAUGCUGAGGCACGUGUUGCAGCUGCAGUGUAAUGCACAAGCAAUCACUGUAAUGCAGGAGCUGGGGCCUGGAGAUGGGGCUGUUGUAGAUAAGAAGCCUGUGAGGCUGGCAACAGCCUUCUUCCCUGUCCUCAGCCUGCUGAACCACUCGUGCUGCCCCAAUACCAGCGUGUCAUUCAGUGGGACAGCUGCCACUGUCAGGGCAGCACAGCCAAUCUCAAGUGGCCAAGAGGUUUUGCAUUGCUAUGGGCCUCACUGGUGUAGGAUGAGGGUUGCUGAGAGACAGCAGCUUCUCAGUCAGUAUUUCUUUGAGUGUCGCUGCCCAGCGUGCCUCCAGGAGUUAGAGUCUGGUGUCAAGAGUGUGGUGUCCAUCAGAAAUUCGUUCUGCUGUCCCAAAUGCCAGGCCCCAAUGCAGGGGGAAGAAGACACACUUUGCUGUUCAAAUGAAGCUUGUGCAACCUCAGCCAGCAGAGAUCACCUGUCUGGCCGUUUACAGGACCUUCAGCAACAAAUCAAGAAAGCUUUAGACCUGCUGAGAGUCAGGAAGGCUGAUCAGGCUAUCAAAAUGCUCCUGAAGUGUCAGAUGGAUGCUGGAACCUUCUUGUCUCCAGAGCAUUUGCUGAUGGGAGAGAUGGAGGAUCAUCUGGCACAGGGAAGUGGGAGAAAGCAGCCAGACACCUGAAGAAGAGUAUUGAGAUUGUGGAAAUGCACCAUGGGCCAUCAAGUGUAGAAACAGGCCAGGAACUUUUCAAGCUGGCACAAAUCCUCUUCAAUGGGUGAGUUUGGUUCCAUCCUCUGUCCCUGCCCUGCACCACUCCUGUGUGUCUGACACAAUAUCAAGGCACCUGGAGGAUGUCUCACAGGACACAGGGCAGUCUAGCACAGGUACUCUCUUAGGAAUCUGCUUCUUUAUUUUGUGCCUGUCUAUCAUUUCAUUCUCCCUGGCUCAAUUUAUUCCCUGUCCAAUUGUUUUAUUCUGUCAACUCAUCACCCCUGGUGUUUAUAUCUCAGUUGUAUAAUGUUGCUGACAUCUUCUCAAAAGGGAAUGAAAUCCUCUUGCUUUAUUGGCAAGGAGAUCCCCUGACUGCUUCUGAAAAUCUCCUCACAACUACUCCCUUUAACCAAAUUAAUUUUAGCAGGAGCUGCAGUGAUGAAAUAGUAGGUUUUUAUGUACUCAAAUAUAAUGUUUUCAGGUUUUGUCCUUACCUUUCCAUCCCCCUCAUCCUCCCUUUGCAGCUGAAGCAGACACAAAUUUUCCUGCUGCUGGAAGGCAGGGGAGGGUGGGAUCUGUAGCCAUGAACAGGUUUAGGUUUUUGUUAGGAAAGGCUUAAAGGUUGUCUAAGUCAAGAAGCUGAAUUAAGUGUUUUGCAUGCUCUGUUCUUAUUAUCUUCCU